UGAACUUCAGCAGCACACAAUAAAAAUCAACUGCCCAAAGGCCAAAACCCUAAUAUUUCCUUUUCAUUCCACUUUCCACCAUCGAAGAGGGAAUUUCUACGCACUCCCAUCCCAAAACCCUAUUUCAGAGCAGCAGUAGCGGCGGGAAGGAGCAACAAUGGGAAUCGAUUUGACGGCAGGAGGUAAGUCGAAGAAGACGAAAAGAACAGCACCAAAAUCCAACGAUGUUUAUCUCAAACUACUUGUGAAACUCUACCGUUUCCUCGUACGUAGAACUGGUAGCAGCUUCAACGCUGUUGUUUUGAAGAGGCUUUUCAUGUCUAAGAUUAACAAAGCUCCUUUAUCUCUUUCUCGCCUUAUCACUUACAUGAAAGGAAAGGAGGAUAAGAUAGCGGUAAUAGUGGGAGCAGUGACGGAUGAUUGCAGAGUGUAUGAAGUUCCGGCAUUGAAAGUGACAGCAUUGAGGUUCACUGAAACAGCUCGAGCUAGGAUCGAGAAAGCUGGUGGUGAAUGUCUUACUUUUGAUCAGCUUGCUCUUAGAGCACCUCUUGGCCAGAACACUUGUGAUAUUGGCAUGGAACAAGUGGCCUAUUUGGGUCAUGUAAUUUUUGCUGGUGGUGUGGGAAUGGAUGAAUCCAAAGUAGCCGCCAUGCCCUCAUGGCCUAUUUCACAAAAUUUGAAGCAGUUAAGCGGAUAUCUCAGGCUCAUGGGGUAUUAUCGCAAAUUUGUAGCUGGCUAUACCCACAUUGCAAAGCUUCUCACAGAUCAGCUCUAAAACGACUCAUUCUCUUGGACUACAACCGCUACUGCUGCAUUCGAAGCCUUGAAGAAAGCUGCUAUGUCAACAACCCCUGUGCUAGCUAUGCCCAUUUUCUCUAAGUCAGUCACUGUCUAACAGAUGCUUUUGAUACUGUUUUUGGGGGCUGUAUUGUUACUGGAUGGCCACCCUAUCGCCGUCUUUAGCAAGACCCUAGGCCCUUGAGCCCAGCUAAAAUCUAUCUGUGAACGAGAAUUGAUGGCCAUUGUUCUUGCGGUGAUGAAAUGGUGCCAUUAUCUUUUGCGCUGGCGUUUCUUAAUCAAAACAGACCAAAGAAGCCUGCGGUUUGAUAUGGAGCAACGGGAAAUUGGCGCCGAAUACCAACGUUCGAUUACGAAGUUAAUGAGAUUUGAUUUUAAUAUC